AGAGAGGUAAAGUUCUUCGAUUAGCUAACAUGUGAGUUUUAUAGAACCCAUUUCGCAGGAGAUUUCCUUUCCAGCUUAUCGCAGAUGCCAAGUAAGAGGGUUAGGCGUAAAGAUACUUUGAGGGAGAAAGAGAGAAAGAGAUUCAGAGGUCUGAAAUCUUUUUCAAAAUAUAUAAGCUCCUUUUGAUUUCUCAUUCGCAAUGUUCUCUCACAGAGAUCUGGAUUCUGAAGCUCCUCAAGCUCUGACAGACAUCAAAAACACAGCUUGAGAUCUACAACUUCUGCUCCUAUCACAUCUUCAUCUUCUCCUCUGUCUUCUUCUUCUUCUUCUUGUCAACUAUAUCAAGAUCUUUUACCAGCAAAGAUGGAACUCAUCAGAAGAGGAAGAAGGAGAGGCAGAUCAUUAGCAAUGACCAGUCUGCUGUUCUGCACAUAUCUCUGUUUCUUCUCCAUUUCUGCUCUGUACUCUAGGUACUCUAAUGGAGAUUCUACGUCAGACAGAGGAAAAAAUUCAAGAACGGCAACCUUUAUCCAGGCGGAAGAGAUGAGGGAAAUGGGCGGGCCAGGAGGCGGGCCGGGGUCUUAUCCUCCGCGGUGCACGUUAAAGUGCGGUGACUGCAGCCCGUGCUACCCUGUCCACGUGCCCGUGCCCCCGGGCACCCCCGUGAUCGCUGAAUACUACCCUGAGGCAUGGCGAUGCAAGUGUGGCAAUAAGCUCUUUAUGCCUUAAUCACAUCAUCAACAUCAUCAUCAUCAUCAUCGUUAUCUUCAUCUUCAUCAUCACCAUGAAUAUACCAGUUGGUAGUGGCAUGCAUGUAUGAGUGAUGAUUGGAUCCACAUGCAUGCAUGUAUAAAGAGAAGGCAAGAUAAGAGUGUUAGCCUUCUUGUAGAGAUUAAGAAAUUGUAGAAAUGCUUUUCUUUUUUAUUAUAUUCAUAAUUGAGUCAUCAUUAUGUCAUUGCCUAU